AAAUUUUAUAGACUGUUGAACAAAUGGUUUUCUUACAUGAGUAGAAAGAUUUGACAAAAAAUGAGUAGGCCUAACUGAAUAAUUUGUUUUUCAGUUCAAUUCAUAUCUACUUAUAUCUAUUCCAAAUUUACACUUAUAUAUUCAGAAAAUCUGAAACUUGUUCAAUUUACAAUCUCUCUUCAAGGAAAUAGUUUGGAACAUGAAUUCUGUUUUUCUUUUAAUAGUAAUAGUUGGCAUAACACAAGCUCAAUUUGCUUUACGUUUUAAUGAGCUGAGACUAGAUAAUACUCCAAGUGUUGAAUAUGCUACAACCACUGGUUCAGGGGUAUCAGCUUCUACUCAUUGGCUGCUGAUUUUGUCUGGUGACACCUCGCCUCCCACCUUUUCUCGGACUUACAAUAUGGGUGGAAGUUUUUUCAAGCAUAUUUCAGGUACAUAUACUUUAUCCCACAAUCCUGUUCCCGAGCUAGGAGCAGCCCUUCUAUAUGAGGAUUCAUCAGCUCCUGCUACAUAUAAUGAUAUUGACCCAAGAAGAAUAAUUGAUGCUGUGGCAUUUCAUCCUACACAGAGUGAUGUAACCACAUUUACUGAAAAAUUACCUGAAUGGGAUAACAAAUAUUUGAUAGUACCAGGAAAGCAUAUGUCACGAUGUUUCAAUUUAAAUGCAAAUGAUCCCUACAGUUGGUCUACAAUUCCUGCAAGUAGCUUUGAUAAUCCAAAUCCAUGUUCUGGAGUAAAUCCUCGUUCAUUUGGAGAUCCUCACUUUGAGCAAAAAGUACUGGAUAGUAUAACUGGAAGAAGUUUAGACAUUUGCUAUGAUGUGACUGGUUCAAGUGGACAAAUAAUCAAUAUACUAGAUGAUAAAUAUUCAAGAACAAAAGUUGAAGGUAUUCUUAAAGAUGAUUACUAUUUACACAAAGCUAUAAUCACUCAUCAAGGUGAAAAGGUUUCUAUUGAUAUUGAUUAUAUAACCCUGGCUAAUGAAAGAAUGUACAAAUGGGAACACGGAAAAAGUGUUGUUUAUAAAUCAUUUUCUAUAUCAAUAUCCAAUCAAGAAGUAGUUAUUGAUACUUCUUUUCAUGUGUAUAACAUAAGAACAGUUAUUCAAAGGACAAACAAAUUAUUAACUGGAAAUUAUAUUAAUGUAAAUUUCAGAGGAAUGAGAAAUGAUAAGAAAAGAUAUAGUGGAAUUAUUGGAUUAGUUGGCAAAAAGAAUAUCACAUUAUUACAAUCCAUUCAGACACAUGGGAAAAGUGCAUUCAAAAUUAGCAAUAAAUUGGUAUUGGCUAAACUUUCAAAUAGAUUUUCAUUCAGCUGCUAUCUUUUUGAUAUGAAUGAUUUAUUCACACAAAAUGAACUUGAUCAUUUAAUAUAUUUUAAUAAUUAAUAUUUACUUUCAAUUAUCAAGCACACUCCUUUCUCAAUAUUCUAUCUUCUCUUUAUUAUUCAAGCUAAUAUGCUUUUUUCUAAAAGUACAACUUUGAUAAAAAAUAUAAAAUAUUAAAACUCUGGCUAUUGU